GUACUAUGUCACUAUAAGUUUGACCGGAGGUGUAUACUGUUGGGGAUCAGUAUACUCCGCACCACCAAACAUCUGUAUAAGUACGCCCUCAACAGCUCAAGCGCGAGAAAAUCGAUCAACCACACCAGACCUCUCCAAAAAUGCGCAAGGCCAGGCGAAAUCAACAUCAACUCAAUUCGAGUAAGGUGCACAAUCGUUCAAAGUUCUCGGGGCCUGCUCCAGGUGCAACAGUGAGCGAGCAUGUCCUAUCUGGAAGCCACUAGUUCCCAUCACCAUGACCCUCCACCCUCGCCCUGGACUUUUUCCUCUGCUCGGCCUCCACCUUCCUCUUUUCGGCCUUCGCCUUCUUCUCUUCUUCCUUUCUCAUUUUUUCUUUCCAGUCUUUGCCUUCUUCUGCCCUUCCUUCUUCCGUUGCCACUCCUGGGCUUUUUUGUUCUGCCCCAUCAUGUAGAGGCUGGCCAUGUAUCUCCGAAGGGGCAUGAUGAAAGCAUCCAAGACCACACCGUCGCCCAUCUUUCGGACGACCCGGCGUUCCCGGGGGGGUUUCUUGAUGGUCCUCAAAGGGGGCAAGAGGUGUUCUCCGGGAGGGUUCAUGGGGUUGAAGGAGUCAUGGGUCCGUUAGGAGCUCGUUUCCUCCGGAGACUGAGUAUGAGCUGGGCUUUCGUCCUCGGAGACGGUGAUCUCACGGGGAGGUUGGGUUGAGCCGCCUCCUCUGUCUGAAAUAGUUCGUCCCUCGGAGAUGGUGGUCUCAUCUGAUGACUCUCUUCCUUCCGUGACAUUUAUGUCUUUGGGAGUAGUCCUGUCGCUGUCUGUGUCUUCGGUAGUUUCUGGAUCUGCAACAACGGCUUUGUGGAGGUUGCGCAAGG